AUGCUCCCUCUGCUGCGCUGCGUGCCUCGCGCCGUGGGCUCCGCGCUGGCCGGGCUCCGCGCGACUGCGCCCUCCCCGCCGCUCCGGCAGCUGCUGCAGCCCGCGCCUCGGCUGGACGCACGGCCCUUCGGGCUGCUCGGCGUCCGUGCGGGCUCAGCGCGGAAGCCCGGCCUCCUGCAGCGCCGCGGGCCCUGUUCCUGCGGCUGCGGGGCGCUGCACACUGAAGGAGACAAAGCUUUUGUUGAAUUCCUGAGUGAUGAAAUUAAAGAAGAGAAGAAGAUCCAGAAACAUAAGUCCCUCCCCAAGAUGUCUGGCGGUUGGGAGGUAGAAGUGAAAGGGACAGAAGCUAAAUUAGUUCGGAAGGUUGACGGAGAAAAGAUCACGGUCACGUUCAACAUUAACAAUAGUAUUCCACCAACAUUUGAUGGAGAGGAGGAAUCCUCACAGGGGCAGAAGGUUGAAGAACAAGAGCCUGAACUGACCUCAACACCUAAUUUUGUGGUUGAAGUUAUAAAGAGUGAUGGCAAGAAGGCCCUUGUGCUUGACUGCCAUUAUCCAGAGAAUGAGGUUGGAGAGGAAGAAGAGGAGGAGAGUGACAUCUUCUCCAUUAAGGAAGUGAGUUUUCAGUCCACUGAUGAGUCUGACUGGAAUGACACAAAGUAUACACUCAACACAGAUUCUCUGGACUGGGCUUUGUAUGACCACUUAAUGGAUUUCCUUGCGGACCGAGGGGUGGACAACACUUUUGCAGAUGAGCUGGUGGAGCUCAGCACAGCCCUGGAGCACCGAGAGUACAUUACUUUCCUGGAAGACCUCAAAAGUUUUGUUAAAAGCCAGUAG